AUGCCGAAGGAACCAACACGCCAGCAACUCUCCGCACGCCUAGCUUACCAAGCCAAUACGCCUGCCUUCCUCCGGCGGCUGCAGAACAAAGUCCAAGGGAGAAGCGAGGACGAUGAAGACGACGAAUUUGAAGAUGAUGGAUCUGGGCGGCCGCCCAUUCCCCGCCGUCCGGCCAUUCCAGAGCGUCCCGACGACGAUCCGGGGAGUGCAGACGAGGAUGACGCGGACGAGCGGCCGCAGGUGGUCGUUCUCAAGGAGGGGAAACAUCUGACUGAACGGGAGGUGGAGAACGAGAAGCGGAAAGCUAAGGGUCUACCACCGUUGUCCGAGCCUGAACCGAAGGUCGUGGAAGCAUCAUCAUCUACAUCCAAAGCAGACUCGAAAUUUGCUCAGUCUGAGAUGCAAUCGCAACCUCUCUCCUUUUCUUCGUCCAAGACGAGCGCGAAACCUCACAAACGGAAAGCAGUAGGGGAUGGGAGAAAUGAUGCUCCAGCACAUGAAAAAGCUGUAAAGAGCUCGAAGAAGAAGCCGAAGAAGGUAGAGAAGAAGCUAUUGUCGUUUGGAGAUGGCGACGUGUAG